ACCAGGUGCCAUGGAAAAUAAUGAUGGAAAUGAGAACAUUUACUGAAUUCAAUGCCGGUUAACCUGUAACUUCAUCUUGCUCAGGGGCUCUGGCUUUGACCUCUGACCUUCCUCUAUAAAAUGUCAAACUUCUGUAUUGCUUUUUAAAAGAAAAUCCAAACCUAAAGAUGAGAAGUUAUUUUAUAAUAGUUUGCUGUUAGUAACAUGUUUAAUUCGUCUCUGUUUAGCUGACUUAAUGUUACAUGAAUGUCCUGAUACUAAACUGACUCAUUGAACUAAAGAAAGAAAGAUGAACACGCCAAUUAAGGUAUAAGAAAGAUGUGAAUAUAUAUGGGGGAUAUUUGUUCGUCAGAAUCUUUAGAUGCAUUUUUCCAGCACAGACCAGUGCAACAUGUGUUUAUUUCUUGUGUUUAGACCAACAUCUGCCUGUGUCUCCUCCACUAAAACCAGCAGAGAUGUCCCAGCAGCUCCAGUAAAGCCCAUCAGAAGCAGCAGACAGGAGAUGACUUUGUGUUCACCGCUCCGUUCGCUCUAGUGUCUCUGAAGCAUCAGGAUGCAGAUCCUGGUGGCCAAGCUGCUUGGCCUGCUGGGCUUGUUCGGCCUUAUGCUGGCUGGUGUGCUGGUCCCAGUACGUCUCCUGCUCGUUGACUGUGAUAGAGCACAGAGAUACAGGAGGCCAUUGUCUCUGUGCAAUUCAUUUGGAGGGGGCGUGUUCCUCGCAACAUGCUUCAAUGCUCUGCUUCCUACUGUCAGAGAUAAGGUGGUCGAUGUGUUCCAGCAGCUGAAGAUCAGCAGCGAUUAUCCUCUGGCUGAAACAAUGAUGAUGCUCGGCUUUUUCCUCACCGUCUUUAUAGAGCAGGCUGUCCUCACCUUCAGGAAGGAGAAGCCAUCCUUCAUCGACCUCGAGACUUUCAACGCCGGCGGCUCCGAGGCCGGCAGCGACUCUGAGUAUGAUACCCCUUUUAUCUCCUCAGCACGGGGCUCACCGAGCAACGGCGGUCACCGCUCCCACGGCCACCACCACGGACACUUCAACCCGGCCGAGCUGGCGGGGGCGGGGCCUCUGCGGCUGGUCAGCUUGGUCCUCGCUCUGUCCGCACACUCCGCAUUCGAGGGCCUGGCGCUCGGCCUGCAGGAGGACGGGGCCAAGCUGGGCAGUCUCUUUCUGGGCGUGGCUGUGCAUGAGACACUGGCAGCCAUCGCCCUUGGGGUGAGCGUAGCUAAGGCAUCUCUCGGCAUGAAGGACGCCACCAAGCUGGGUGUGACAGUCAGCAUGAUGAUUCCGCUGGGCAUGGUGGUGGGAAUGGGCAUCGAGUCGGCCCAGACGCUGGCGGGCAGCAUAGUGUCCGUGGUGCUGCAGGGACUCGCUGCCGGAACCUUCCUGUUUGUUACCUUCUUUGAGAUCCUCACCCGGGAGCUGGAGGAGAAACAGGACCGGCUGCUCAAAGUGCUUUUCCUCAUCAUCGGCUACGCCGCACUCGCUGCUCUCGUCUUCAUCAAGUGGUGACAGACACCCAGCGAUGCCAAACUACACUAAGAGUUCACUUUAAUGAAGCAAUCAGUUGUGGGAGGCGGGAACAUGUGGCGUUUCUAUUUGCAGUUUUAAACAGGAAAUUACUCUAAAAUCAGACUUUUGCCCCUGAAGGACGGAUGAGUUCAUUUAUGUGUUUAAUAACUAAUAUCUGUAAGUGGCUGCAGUGAGACUGCUGCUGCUGCUGCUGCACAUCUGGAGCUGUAAUAUAAGGACACUUCAAAUUUCCUUACAGCUACUUUAUAGUCUAUAACAAACCAUUUAUGAUAUUUGUAGGCUGCUUGGAGAUGCUAAACAAAGGGGCUUAAAAUGUUUUUAACUUAUUUUUAUAAACCUUUCCGUUACAGUGAUUGAAUCUCGCAUUAGAAACUGCAGGUUGAAGGGGGCGACUGCUACAUAGGGCUAGCGCUGCAUUCACAUAUAUGUGUGGGGUAACCAAAAAGUUCCAGGAAUGAGCCCCUAAAAAUAAAAAGCCGUCACUGAUUUACAUGUAAGGUCAUCUUCUCGGGCACUUCUAGACCAUUUUCAAGGCAGCAGCUAUUUUUAGAUUGCUUCAUGAAAGCCCUGCUAGGUCCUGUUGUACUAAGCUUCCUCUGUCUCCUUCACUGUGUCGACAUAAGCCUGAACUGUUUUUAAUUUGUGGGAAGAUGAAAAGUGCAAAUCUGGUGGUCUGUUAAUGUGGAAAAAGGGGUCAGAACAGGGCUUCCAGCAAGACAUCUAAAAAUAGCUGCUCUGCUAAACACUACCUGGAUGUGUCUGAGAUGAUGACAUUGACCAAGAGAUUGUUUCAUAUUAAACAUGGUCGGGUUGUUUUUAUUUUAUAGACUCGUUCUCGGGCCUUUUUGGUCAUACCUCAUAAGGUAGUAUGUAAUACCUGACUUCUCAGGAUUCCAUCUCACUGAUAUUGUUCCUAACAUCUAGCAUCCUCCCAGUUUUAGGUCAUUUGUUUCUACAUAGUUUCAGGCCUAAACGUCAGUUUUUAUUUAUUAGAGACAGGAGUGGUUCUUACGUUUAUGAAACACGCUACAUCCUGGACGUUUCUUCUCCAAACUCCGAGUGAAGUCGAUUCUUGCCGCUCCACCUAUCUGUAAAUUGCGAGAGAUUCAGGUUUUCAUACAAACUGGGAGACCAACUCAAACAUUUGGAUGUCAAGAAGACGACAGAGGUGCAGUAUCAGCGCGCGGGGAUGUUACUGAUGAUGCAAGCCGAACACGUCCAUGUUUAUAGUUUUAUUUACUAUUCGUCUACUCAGUAACAAGCUAAAGCCUUUAGCUUAGAGGACUCAGAAACGGAAUCAGAUUUGUCCUGCUGCCCUAGCCUAGAGCUGUGAGCCAAAGGUGAAUCCCAGAUAUUUUCUGUUAGUUUGUCAAAGCUCUUCAGUUUCUCUUCUGUUUUUACAUUCCUGCUGUAUUCUCAGAAAUGCCCACACAAACACACUGGAGCCUUUUAGCUGCUUUUUCUUUCUUCGUGUGUUCAUAUUGAGAUCUGGAUCAGGUUUGUAUUUAUGAUUGUUUUUGCCAUCUUGUCUUGAUGUCAUUAAUAUGUUUUGCAAGGUGAUUUUUUUGUGUGUGUAUUAGUUGGAAAUAAACUGAUUACUAUCUGAUA